ACUCACACCUGACUUCUGCUCAGUUUGAACUCCACAAACUACCUGCGCUCCCACUUUCGGCAUAUGGAGCUCCGUGUCGGGCAGUGGAGGCACUAAUUUCUACUGUUCUGUGGGGCGACAACUACAGUUUCAGGUUUCUCGAACGACGAUCAGCAACCUGUCAUCACCUCUCCGCUCAAGUCUGUGUGCAGCAGCACUUCUGUACCUUCGUGCUCUCAGAAUCACUUGAAAGCAUGCUUCGGAUGCUUCGGCAGCCGUACAAAAGCAUCAAGGGACCACAGGCUGUAAGAUUAGAGAGUAGGAUGGGGUCAUCGGUUGUCCGUCUGGCUUGGUUCCUCGUUCUAAGCUUCAGCACAAGUGCAUUAAGUCUCAACCCUGAUGACCCCAAUGUCUGCAGCCACUGGGAGAGCUAUGCAGUGACUGUCCAGGAGUCCUACGCUCAUCCAUUUGACCAGAUCUAUUACACAAGAUGCACAGACAUCCUAAACUGGUUUAAAUGCACCAGGCAUAGGAUCAGCUAUAAGACGGCUUACCGGCGGGGAGUAAGGACCAUGUAUAGGCGCCGCUCACAGUGUUGCCCUGGUUACUUUGAAAGCGGAGACUUGUGUGUCCCUCUGUGUACAGAGGAGUGCAUGCACGGUCGCUGCGUCUCUCCUGAUACAUGCCAGUGUGAGCCUGGAUGGGGUGGUCUGGACUGCUCCAGUGCAAGCACAGCCAAUGGAACAGGCUGUGAGAGUGACUUCUGGGGACCUCACUGCAGUAAUCGGUGCCAAUGCCGAAAUGGGGCUAAGUGUAACCCUAUAACAGGGGCUUGUGUGUGCACGGAUGGGUACCAGGGGUGGCGUUGCGAGGACUUGUGUGAGAAUGGUUACUAUGGCAAGGGGUGUCUGCUGCCCUGCCAGUGUCUCAAUGGUGCUACGUGUGACCAUGAAACAGGAGAGUGCAUUUGUGCUUCAGGAUACACAGGAGCUUUCUGCGGGGAGCGGUGCCCCUCCGGCAGCCAUGGACCGCAGUGUGAGCAGCGCUGCCCCUGUCAAAAUGGAGGAACAUGUCACCACAUUACCGGAGACUGUUCCUGCCCUGCUGGUUGGACGGGUUCGGUGUGCGCUCAGCCCUGCCCUCUGGGCAAAUACGGCAUCAACUGCAGCAAAGACUGUUCCUGUCGCAAUGGUGGCCUGUGCGACUAUGUCACUGGAAAGUGCCAAUGUACAGCUGGAUUCAGUGGACGCAGAUGUCAAGAAGACUGUCCUGUGGGCACCUAUGGUCCACAGUGCAACCAAAGGUGUGAGUGUCAGAACGGUGCGAAGUGUCACCACAUCAAUGGAGCUUGUCUGUGUGAAACAGGCUUUAAAGGCCCUAAUUGUCAAGAGAGAUUCUGUCCUUCGGGCCUUUACGGCCUCAUCUGUGACAAGUACUGCCCUUGUAAUACCACCAACACUGUGAGCUGCCACCCACUAUCUGGUGAAUGCACAUGCUCACCAGGGUGGACAGGGCUUUACUGCAAUGAGACCUGCCCUCCUGGAUUCUACGGAGAAGGAUGCUUUCUGCCUUGCAGCUGUACCAAUGGAGCUGACUGUCAUCCUGUCACAGGGAUCUGUACCUGCGCUCCUGGCUUCAUGGGUGAGGACUGCGCUACAGUGUGUCCACCUGGUCUAUUUGGGCCAAGCUGUAUGUCCACCUGCUCCUGCCACAACCAAGCAUCUUGCUCUCCAGUCGACGGCUCCUGCGUCUGCAGAGAAGGCUGGCAGGGUGUGGACUGCUCCAUUCCUUGCUCCAGCGGUAUGUGGGGUCUGGGCUGUAACCAAACAUGCUUAUGCAGCAACGGUGCUGCAUGUGACCCUGUGGACGGCACCUGUGCUUGUUCUCCUGGCUGGAGAGGGGAGCACUGUCAUGAGUCCUGCCCUGACGGCACCUAUGGGCUGGACUGCCGUGAGCGGUGCGAUUGUAGUCACGCUGAUGGCUGCGACCCUAUGAGUGGCUUCUGUCGCUGCUACCCGGGAUGGACCGGAAUCCACUGUGAUAACGUGUGCCCACAAGGCUUCUGGGGACCCAACUGUUCAGUCAGCUGUUCCUGUCAGAACGGAGGGUCCUGCUCUCCCGAGGACGGCACAUGUGUGUGCGCACCUGGAUACAGAGGGACUUCGUGCAAAAGAAUCUGCUCUCCGGGGUUCUAUGGGCACCGCUGCAGCCAGACGUGUCCGCAGUGCGUGCACAGCAUCGGCCCGUGCCAUCAUGUCACCGGCCACUGUGAGUGCCUCUCUGGCUUCACAGGCACCCUGUGCAACCAAGUCUGUCCGAGCGGCAGGUACGGCAGGGCUUGCGCAGAGAUCUGCCUCUGCACCAACAACGGCACCUGCAACCCCAUCGACGGCUCCUGCCAGUGUUUCCCUGGCUGGACUGGAGAUGAUUGCUCACAGGCGUGUCCCUCUGGGCACUGGGGUCCUGAUUGUCUCAACUCGUGUAACUGUCACAACGGAGCCCAGUGCAGUGCCUAUGAUGGGGAGUGCAGGUGCAGCCCUGGCUGGACUGGUCUCUACUGCACACAGCGUUGUCCUUCAGGUUUCUACGGAAAAGACUGCUCUGAAGUCUGCCGCUGCCAGAAUGGAGCGGACUGUGACCACAUCACGGGCCAGUGUGUUUGCAGAACUGGCUUCAUUGGGACGGGCUGUGAGCAGAAGUGUCCUGCUGGUACAUUUGGAUAUGGCUGCCAGCUGCUAUGUGAGUGCCUGAACAAUGCAACGUGCGACUAUGUGACUGGAACAUGCUACUGUAGCCCCGGAUAUAAAGGCAUCCGCUGCGAUCAAGCAGCUCUGAUGAUGGAAGAGCUGAACCCAUACACCAAGAUAAGCCCGGCACGUGGUUCAGAGCGGCAGUCUGCCGGGGCUGUCAUGGGCAUCAUCUUUCUGCUUCUCAUCCUCAUGGCCAUGCUUAGUGUGUUUGUGUGGUACAGGCAGAGACAGAGGGACAAGGGCCAGGAGAUCCAGCCCAGUGUGUCCUACUCACAGGCAAUGCACAUUAACAACACUGACUACUCUCUUUCUGAGUGUGGCAGUACUGUUGCUAUGAGGACCAACGCCUCAGAGAUCAGUCAGAACCAGAACAGCACCAGCAGCACUGCCCAAUGCUUCUCCAACCCCAGUUACCCCACCGUAGCCCAGUGUAACGUGGUUUCCACCAUUUCCAGCAACCUUGAUGGGACCCUGACUCUCAAAUCAAGUACCCUGAAGAGCCGAAAUGCCUCAGAAUGGAGAGCCUUCUGCAAUCUUAACGACAUAGAAGUUCAACAGAAUGAGGCACAGCCACAAAAAGCAUCGCGAAAAGAUUACAUAAAGAGCUCCAUGUGCAACAACAGCUCCUGCUCGCUGAAUAGUGAUAAUCCAUACGCCACUAUCAGAGACCCACCCGGGCUGGCGUGCAAACACACAGAAAGCAGCUAUGUGGAGAUGAAGUCCCCCUCCCACCGCGAAGUCCCCUUCGGAGGCACCGCCACUCUCCUGGGCACUGUGAGCAGGAACCUCUAUGAUGUUGAGCCCACUGUGAGCAUCCUGCAGGGACCCAAUGGAAUGGCCACAGGUUUUUCCCAGGGUCCUUAUGACCUUUCCUGUGGCAGCCACAUCCCUAGCCACUACGACAUUCUGCCCAUGCGCCACAGCCCCACACACACACCCCCGGCACCCCCAGAAAGCCCCAGUUCCUUGCUUUAGGGUGAACACCCUCCACCUGGCCUGGCAUCCACAGGAAACCAACUUUCAGCCAAUGGCUCUCCCUUUGUCUCUAUAUGUGUUCGAUUUGGUGCUGAGAUCCUGAGAUGGAGAGACAGCCACGACUCCUCUGGCUCACUUUGGCUCUCUUCCUGUGACCUUGAGGGAAAAUGAGGGGAGGAAAAAGUGUCCCACUCACCAGCGACUGUUCGCCAGUUUUAUUUUGUCAUGGAGUUGACUACUCUGCUGCCUGGCCUUUAUAUGGACCUCCUGACGUGGAACAGGGUUGUUCCGAGCACUGCAGAGAACAGGACACAUAAACUGAGUGGACAGAGUAUUUACAGGGAGAGAUGUCCUCAUGCUAAUUUUUAGCCCAUGAUACAUGUUUAUUAUAAAAGAGCAGCAGAGUGUUUAUAAUGUCCCCCCCAAACCAAAAUUAUUGUCCUGGAGAGAGAGAAGGUAGCAUAAAGAGAAGCUCUGCUCAUCAAACUCAGAUGCGAAGGAAUGUUUCCGGUGGCCUAAAUGUUUGACAUGGGACUGUGAAAAAGAGUUUGAGCAAGCAUGGGUAAAAUAGAAAAUUGUCGUAAUGGUUCUGUAUUCGCUGUUAUCCAGUAAUGAUCACACACAUUAAUACUAAUGUAAGCUAAAUUUUGUUGUUAACGAGGCCGUGUGGAUCUGGACAUGUUUUCAGCCCGCUAGUGUUCAUGCAUUUAUUCCAUUUAUUGAGACUUACAGACACAGAAUCGGUCUAACAUUUGACCCUUUUCUUCAUAUUAAUGAAGUGCUCCAAUCUUGUGUUGUUUUCCAUGUGAAGGCGGUUUUUUUUCUUGCAAAUGUCUUGGUUUCUGUUUUAAGGUCAUUGGAUGCUUCGGUCUUUUAUGUUUUGUAUUUAUGAAGCUCUUUGCUUUACGUAUUAAUUUAUAUUAUUGAAGACUUUUUAUUAAUGUGGUUAUAAUAAUAAAAAGAUGAGCAUGAUCAGAUAAUGAUACCCACCGAUGUAGAUAACACACAAUUUAUCUUCUUGUGAGAUUAGCCGUGUCAUUUUGUGAGCUGUUUUUGAAGUCACUUAAAAUAUUCUCUCUGUCAAAUUGUAGAUUAAAAAUAACUUUUCAUCUGACCAAUGUAAGACCCAAAAGCAUUUACAAAGGGGAUUCAUGUGUGAUCUGUUUCUAAAACCUCUUUUUAUUUUCCUAUCAGGCUAAUUAAUUCUUUUAUCUAGUAGAUUGAAUUUGCUUAAAUCCAUUCCACCCUCUGUUGAAGCAAUAACAUGUUGACAAUCGAUGCACAGACAGCGUUUCACUGGACAUCACCACAUCUAUGAGCAGCAUAGUGACAGUUGAUUUCACCUCACAUGACUGUUUGUCCUUUUAAGACACUUUUUUUCUAGUUGCUGUCAGAUAAAUCUGGUUGUUGUUUUGGACUUAAGUUUGUUUCCCAUUAAAUACCUCUCUGUCACCAAAGACCUGUCUCAUUCACAUUAAUACGCUGAACAAGAACAAAUAAAUGUCCUUGAUAAAUUUAGCUAAUGUGCUAAUUUAGGUUUGGGAGCAAAGCCAUGCCUCUAAUCACUUGGCAAGUCUACUUGUAGCUGGCGCUCACACACCACACCUUAUCUUCUGCUCUCAACACCACAUCCCUGCCUCUCUUCAUCAUUUCAUCCUGACCUUAUCUCUACUCUUUUUCUUUACUCCAGCCUUGUCAUUGCUGUACAAAUCUUUUUCCUUCAAUCCAAUCAUCCACAUUCUUCUUUUUAACAAAUCUUCCUUAUUGCUCAGCAAAUCUUGUUUCUCUCCACUCUUGCAACAAAUCCUCAUUGGUUCUCCUUUUUGAACUGGUUGUGUAAAAUGUCAUUUAGCCUCGCUAUUGUUUUUUGUGUGUUUGGAAUAAAAGAAAAAAUAAUCCCUUUCAAUUUCAUCCAUCCUCCACAUCCCUACAUUUGACCCAUUUUCAUUUUGCUCCUUCUCAAUUCUUUUUAUAAUUUUGUCCUAUCCUAUUCAUCUUCCUAAUGCUUCUUUGUGACCCAUACUCAUCUUCCUCAUCUCCCUAUUUGACCCUUUUUGGCCCUAUUUCAUCUCACUCCUAACAAUCUUCUGCCAUUUAAUCCAGCCUCCUCAUCCAUCUUUAAAACUCCAUCUUCUUCCCUUUCAUCCUUUUUUCUCUCAUUUAGACCCCUUUUAUUCCACCUACCCAUUUUUAUAGCCGUACUUAUCCCUCUUUACAAACACUCUUCAUCUCUUUUUCCUCCACCUCCUUCUCUAUGACUCACUUCUAUUCCAUUCAUUAUUCACAUCGAUACUUAGGAGCCUUUUGCAUCCCUGUCACCUUCCUCUUACCUUUUUACAACCCCUCAUCAUCCCAAUCAUCACACUCUCCCUUUAUCCUCUCUUCCUCUUCAUCCUUCCUUGUUAUGCUCUUUACCAUCUAUUUUAUUCUAGUCAUCCUCUUAAUCUCUAUAACCAUUUUCGUCUCACCCACGCUCCAUAUUUGCUUUUUGCGCGUCGUUUUCACUCCUAUUAUCUAAAUCAUCUAUUUUUCAUGCAUUUUAAGCCCACCCAUUGUGGAUUUGUGAUGCCAUUUUAACCCUGCAGACAGAAGCCUCACUCUUUUUCACCUUCCUCCUAACUAAUAAAAACGAGACUCCUCAUAUGUAGUGCAGCCCUGUGAUCCAGCUACUGUAUUUCUUCGUUCUCUCCUGUCUUUUAUUGAGUCUGUGAACUCCCGUUGUCAUUGUAUGGUCCCUGCUGCUGUGAGAUUUUCUGUCUAAUAAGAAAUCAAACUGUAAGAGAAGAUGCUCACAGUCAAGACCUUGAUUCGAGUUUUGAGGAGAAGAAAUUCACUCCGGUAGGAGCUUCAGAUCUGCCAUUUUCACACAGGAAUAUUCUGUUUUGAAUCGUCUUUGUGAAAAGAUUUGAAAAUAAUACAUAGAAUUUAUGUUCUUGUGAUUACAUCCACUGCUUUACAAAGAUAUUUAUUGCCUUUUUUUGACCACCAAUAUAACAUUUCCUAUAGAUUUUUUUCCCCCCCAACCUUUUACAUCAACUGCAUCCCAUUCACCGUUGUGUUGUGCUGACCGUCCCUGAGAAUAAAAGUUGGCAAUUUGACCAUAAAAUGACAACAGAGUAAAGAGCUGUCUCUGCUUCAAUAGUUUCAAAUAUUUGACCAUUUAAACCUGAUUUUUGAAAUAUUUUACCAGUCGCGUGUUAUUGUUCAUCUGAGGCUUUCUGUAUUUCAAGAUUUUAGAAUCAAUGAACGGCCUAAUGUCUUAAUUUUUACACGUGUAAAAGUUUUACAUUAGAAUAGGUUAUUCAAUUUGUUUUCCAUCAUUGCUGAAACUUCAUAGAGAUUGUUGACUGCUGUUCUGGGGUUCCUCACGUAUAAGAAGAUUUCCUGAGUGACACAAAUAGAGAUGCCAUCGUCAACAACCUAUGAAUGUGACCAGAAAAACCUGUGAAGGGAGCCAACAAGAAAAAAAAGAUUAUAAAUGAAAGUUUUGUUCUUAUCCACUGUAUAAAAUUCAGGGAAAAUAUUUGUUUUCUAGUUUGUAGAAUGUUAUUACAAUAUGGAAAUAGACACCAUACCUUUAGGUUGUUUUGAAAAGUCAGAGGCAUCAACAAUCCCCCCUAAAACUCACUUCAGGCUGAAAGCUGUGGAAAAAUUGUUUAAAAAAGUUAAUGGUCUGAGAAUUAAAUGUAUCACAUCCAUUUCAUAACUAAUGAAACUGAACUGGCACUGUCUUUCAGCUGAGUCACCAUGACAAAAAAAGGGAAAAAAAGGAUUUUGUUUGGAUUUUCUGAGCCAUUCUAAAACUCUUAUUUGUCACCAGAUGUGUUGCUACAUAAUAUCCAUUUUAUUUCUCCUCUAUAAGGAUUUAAUGUUUGUUUGACAUCUGCACUGACCAUCUAUUAUUCUGUCUGUUUUUUUGCGUUUGUUUUAAACACAUUUGCAUUAUCAUUUAAGCAGAAAAAAAAUGUUUAUGUAGUACAGCGCAGUUGCACUAAAUAGUUGCAGAUUGCAUUAGGAGUUUAUUGGACAUUUUUCAAGUUAUUUCUUUGAUGUGCUUUACAUAUUCUUUCUUUUCAAUCACAUAUUUGACUAAAAUGUCAUUUCUUAAAUAACUUUAGGGAUGUUUCUCUUUGCUGCCACUUCUAUAGUAGGGCUUGUAUUGAAUAAGCUGAGCUUCAAGUCAAACACUUUCAAUUACCAGACAUCCAUUCUUCUUUAUUUAGGGCCUGAAGAUUUUUCUCUGAUGCCUGCCUGAUGUAAGAGAUGGGACUCAAACAUCAGUGUUUUUUUUAAAUAGAAAAAUGUAUCCCUAGGUGUCGCUGAUAUUGAACCCAGAGUGUAAUAUUGAAAUUGAGAAAAAACUCACCAAAUUAUCUUAUUGGUCUGCUAUAAUCCAUCUGUCGCAACUUACUGUCAAGACAAACAAAAAUUUGUAAUAAUAAUAAUAUAUAUAUAUAUAUAAAAUCUGUUUGAAAGAUGUUUGUUGAUUGUAUAUGACAAGCUGUGGAACGUCAGUUUUUAAUUAUUCCUAAGUAGACAUGAAGUAAAAAUGAAAAUAUUGACACUGUCUGGCAAAAGCAUUCAUACAUCUUGAACUUUUUUUAUGUGUUAAUUUCAUUUUGCUGCAUUUUAAUGUAUUUUCUUGGGACUUUAUGAGACAGACCAAUGCAAAUAGUUCAUAAUUGUUUAUUGGAAGAAAGAACAUAUGGUUUUCAAAGUUAUUAAAGAACUAAAAAUC